AAGAUUUAGAUUCUUCAAACUCAAUGAUUCAACAUCAAUUGAUGAUGAUCUUUUAUCAAAUGUUAAAUUGGACUCUGAUGUUGAAGCAAAUGGUGUUGAUGAAGGUGAUAUCAAUGAUAAUAAUGACAGUGCUGACCCUGAAGCUUCUCAAAAGUUAUAUGAACCAAUUAUUUUUUUGUAA